AUGGGUGACAUCAAAGUAACAUUUACAUUCAUUACCUCUGUGGCCAUCAACUGCUGUGAGGCCGCACAGUGGAAUGACGAGUCGACGGUCGACGUGUCGGAGCGCCGUGCAGAGGCAGCGCUGCAUAAUUCACGCACUGCAGUGCUCAAAGUUCUUGACUACGACAUUGACUGUGCCCGUGUUUUCUGCUUGACAUACUCCCACGGGACUAGGAUGCGAUCUGUGUACGAGUCGCUUGCAGAUGCCAUGGCGACGAGCGCGAACGAGAUGAUUUGCUUUGCACCGCCUCCUAUGUCUGCUGAACGUGUCUUGCGUCUGUGCGCGAUGAAGGUUUUAGAGCCUGUUGACGAUGUUCCAGAAGUGCUCUUCUGUCAAAAGGCUGCAGUGCCCUGUGGUGGCGCUGUGGCUGUAUCGCGCUGGCUGCUGGUUAACGUUCUUUUGUGCGAAAACGAUGGAGUUCUGUUGGUGGGCCACCUGCCGUGCGUGGUGCAGCUGACUGGCACCUCCAUCACGAAAGACGGUAUCUGUAGCAGCCUGUGUACCAUGCUCAAAAUGGGGGUGGAGUGUGAACGCCAUCUGCGAGGCUGUGAGUUAUUUUGUUGCACUACCGAGAAGAAGAGCAUCGUCCUGCACAAUUCGUUUUGCGACGGGGCUUGCCCGAGCCAAGUCGCUAUUAUCUACAGUGCUGUCGAUGUCGGUGACGUCGUGCUUGUGUCCACGCCUUUGGCUCGCUCAGUUGUCGAGGAGAGACCGUCGGUUUUCCAGGCUGUCGUGGUGAGGCGGUUUGCAGAAGAUGGGGUUACACUGUAUGAUGUGAAAGAGGUGGACACUGCUGUCGUCUUGGAGAGACUUACGUGUACACAGGUGGUGCCUCUCUAG